CGGCAAGCGGCGACCCGCCAGUCCGCACCGACCCAUCGAAUCGACACCACGCACCGUUCCCACGGAGGCACACACUUUGCCGUGAUAACUUUAAAAAAAAGCCGGCCGUGCUUGAAAAGUGACAGUGCGACAGUGAGCGAGAUUGAGUGAUCCGGGAAAAAAUUGGCGAGGACUUGCAACGUGCAUUCGAUAACGAAUCGAAGUAAACGAUACGAAUACUUUGUAAUUUGCACGAUAUCCUUGAAGUGCAAGACGUGGGAUGUUUCAACACUGAUGACGUCUUUAUUGUAAAGGUGCUGAGUUCAAGUCAAGAUGACGUGGCUUCGUGUGUCUGCGUGCUUCUUGGCUCUGUCUGUGCUGUUCGCACCGAUCUUAGCAGCGGUGUGCCCCGAUGGUUGUGUUUGCAACACCACUAGAGAUGGCCUCCACCGCGCCACCUGCAGCAGCCUUCCCGAAUUGCACAAGUUUACCCUCCGCCAGAAACAUCACAACAUCAACAUUCUCGAUCUGUCGCACAACAACAUUACAAAACUUAACCACGAGCUCGACCGGCUUACAGAAGUUGUCACACUAGAUCUCUCAACGAACGGCAUCCAGACGCUGAACAAAUUCUUCCAUAAUGCAAAAAAAUUAGUGCAUCUUAAUCUAGCAAACAACAGGAUACAAAAGCUCUCCUUCGUACAUCUUCCUUCAAGCGUUAGUUCAUUAGAUUUAACUAACAACCUAUUGAAAGAUGUGCCUUCUGAUCUAGGACAUUUAGCAGCAUUAGAACAUCUCGAAAUGGAGGGUAACCCUCUUGAUUGUUCAUGUGAAAACUUAUUGGCACGCGACCGUUUGCUCGUUGCAAACGUUUAUAUAGAUAAUGUCAAAUGUGCCUCACCUUCGAGGUUUAAAGGGAAAUCCUGGUUAGAACUGAAAUCGAAGGAUAUCUGCAAAGUUCCUAAAACUGAUAACAAUUUCAUGGAUAUGAUGAUGGGAGACCAGCCUUUAGAUGCUGUUCAAAUAGGCCAAGAGACCACGGCUCUAAAAUCUAUGCCACUAGUAGCCAAAAGUGAUUUAGAUGACGGAAAUGUGAUACAAGGAAGUGAUGCUGUAGAAGAUGAUGAUCAACUUCAGUUUUUAAAAGUGGGUCAUAAUUCGUCACCGUCUCCGUAUAGCCACAUUGAAGGUUCGGGCAAUGGUGGCGAUGCUGAGCAUACUACAGAGAUUCUAUUCCUGGAACCAAAAAUGGAACGAAAACUCGAUAAAGAACUUUUAGCCACUGAUGAGGUUAUAGCCGCCGAAACUGACCCAACUACUGAAGAUCCAAUUGAAGGAUCUGGAGAGGGUUCAGGUUUUCUGCCAUUUGGUAUCAUAUCGGACCAUAUAAUUGAUGAAACCACCACGGUCACUUAUGAAGAUUUAAGCCCAGAACCAGUUCAUCGACUUAUUGAUAACGAAGAUGAAAACAAAUCGAGUACUGAAUAUCCUAUGUACCCGCGUAUCACAAACCUUUACCAAGGUGAUCCUAAAUGGAAUGAAGAAACCACUCCAAAGCCUACGACGGAAAAAAUGGUAACAUCGUCUACAGCACGUGAUACUACUAUAUCAGAACAAAUCCGAGUAACUCAUGCAUCAGAGGUGCAUGGACAACUCCCUGCAGAUAACGAAAACCAGGCUCCUCACAAAACAGGAACGUAUGUUUGUAUAGCCAUUAUUGUAAUAUUGCUAGUUGGAUUAAUUGGAUUUGCAAUAAUCAAAGGGCAAAUGAGAAAACGAAGAGAUAGAAGGCUUUUAAGGCAACAAAAGAGAGACGUAGAAAAGGCAUCAAAAGAAAUGGUCGAUAUGAAUAAAUCUCUGCUAGGCAAGCCAGCUGGUUUAGAAACCCCUGUUGAUAAGAAAGUUAAUGGAAAAUACGAACUAGUCCCAACACAUGAAACACCCCAGAAGAAAAGUGAAAAUGGAGACCUAGGUAAUGGUGUAAGCCAUGGCAAUAACAAUGGCGUGAGAACUGAUAGUCCAAGAGACACAAAUCAAAAUAAGAGCAGUUCAAGGGACAAUAAUUUAGCAGAUGAUAAGCUACAACAACAUGAAACAUCUUUUGAUUCUGAACCUGCAUCACCUGACUCUAGGAAGGAUACUAAUUCGUUAUCAAGUGAAGAUAUUUUUGUACCUAUCAAUGAUGAUGAUACUCCCAAACUAAACGGCACUCGCGACUCUGAUAUAUCUCAGCCUCUUAUAAAUGGGGACCAAAACACUGAUUCUGACUUCUUAUCACCGUCUCGCGAAUACGUGCCUGUGUACUCGCCCGAUAUGGGACGAGUACGUAUAAAGAUGACGGAGAUGCCUAAACCUAAAACACCUGUACUAGUCACCAGAAGUAGGUCGAAUGCUGGAGACAUCAUCAUAACUCCAUCAGAUGCGGUCAAGUCUACCACUUGAAAUCCGGCCACAGUUGCAAGGACAAUAACACUUUGUGUAUAUCUGUGUCAAACAGCAAACACUUCACUAUUGGCGAAAUACUGUGAUUAUAUUGUGCGUGUAGUUAGGUCAAAUCUCGAGUGUGAAGGAUUGAAAUCGAUUCAUUGGAGCGUGUGUAAGUCUAGAACCUUUGCUGCCAAAGUGUGUUUGUAGUCGACAGUGCCUUUAUUUUAACAUUGUUAGUGGUAUAAUAUAUUUUUAUAAAAAUAUAUUGCGCAAUAAGUAAUAAAAAUAUUUUUAUACGUGUAAAAAGUGUUGCCAUGUUCAUGAUAGUUGUAAUUGUCUUGUUAGUAAUACAUGAAAUUCAUAUUGUAGGUCCUCUACGAUGAUACGAGUAUCGACCGAUCCAAGUCGUUGUACAAACAUUGUGUUCUGUGUUUCUGUUCGGUACACCUAUCCUGCGUUAUCUAUAUGUAUAGUAUAAUGGGGUACAAUUCUUGAAUUGUUAAAUUUCAAUGGUUGUGUACUUACUUCUACCCUGAGAAUAUUUAUCUAAACAGUAAUGUAUAACAACGUAAGCUCCAACUGGCUAUGUUUAGUUAUUGUUUUCUCAUUUUCUAUGGAGAGAUUCAUUCUUUCAUGGUCUGGCUAAGCAUAAGUUCCUUAGUAAUUUUAUUGAGUUUAGAUUUUAAGAAUGUGAUACCAUUUAUUAUAAGUAAUCUGAACUAUUUUCCACGUAUGUAUAUAACUAAUUCAAAUUCUUUUAGUGUAUAUUUCGUAGAUCUUUUUAUAUGAAUUAUUUUAUUUUGUAACUAAGCAACUGCUUUUAAAUUAAUUACUCUGUAUCUUUAUGCUUUUACUGACCUAAUUUAAAUUAUGAUAAUGAAUAGUAAACUGUUAAACGUAUCAACAUUUUAAUAGAAAUAAAAAAUCAGAUUUUUUAGGAAUUUAUGAACAAAACCGAACAAUAAAUAGUUCAGUAAGCAAAUAUAAAUUUAAUGUAUUUUUAUUUCGAAACUAUUUUAUGAUAUAAAUGGUUGAAUCAA